AUGCGCAAACGUAGAUAUUGCAGUCUACCUGCGAAAAAAAAUUUGAAGUAUUGUGGAGAACAUUUAACAGCUGAUCCAAAUAAUGAAGGUGCUAAAGACGCACCCAAACGUGUUCCCUGUCCAUAUGAUAGCUCACACACUGUGUUCGAAAAAGAUCUGGAACGUCACAUGCAGAAGCGUUGCAAUGCUCGGCCAAAAGAGCAACCAGCUUGUUAUUCUCUUAACGUCAACUGUACUCUACCGCUUUCAGCAGAGGAGUUAGAGUUUCAACAAAAUAUCUUCUCUCAUCAAAAAAUGCAUGUACAGCCUUGGCUGGCGCGCGUUCAAUUACAAAAAUUGAGUAGAGAGGAUCUGGACUCUAUCAUCAAUAAAGUACUUGCAGCUUAUGAAGUACAUGUUCCUGAUAUCCCCAAAGAAAAAUUAAGUCAUCCCUCAGCAGAGAAGAAGAGGCCUUACAUUUCCAAUACCAAGCAUUUGGAUCAGCUGUCGUCCUUACUCGGACAUAUGGAAAAGAACGGUAUGCUAAACGAUAAAAUAGCAUGCUUUGUUGAAUUUGGUGCAGGAAAAGGUGAAUUUUCUGCUUUCGUUAAAAGAGCCCUUCAAGAAGAGAAUGGGGAAGCCACGUAUCUCCUUAUCGAUAGAAAGAGUGUACGUAACAAGGCUGAUCAAACAUUACUCGGGCAUUCCGAAAAGAAAUCGCGUGUUCAACGUCAACUUAUUGACAUUAAAGACCUUGUCCUUUCCAAAGUCGAAUGCAUUGCGGAUAAUAACAAAAAGAUGAUUGCCAUGUCAAAACAUUUAUGUGGAUGUGCUACAGAUAUUUCUUUGAAGUGCCUUAUGAAUUACGUAGAGGAAGAAAAGGCGAAACAAAAUAGUGAGCCUAUUGCUGGCAUCAUUAUUGCCCUUUGCUGUCAUCAAAUUUGUCGCUACGAAAUGUAUCCCAAUCAGGAGUAUUUGAAGUCAAUUGAUAUGUCAAAAACAGAAUUUGAAAGGAUGUGUAAAAUGACAAGCUGGGGUACUUGCGGUUCGAGAGACGCUGAUAAGAAAAACUCGCUUCAAAGUGAACAAGAGGAAGACGAACAUGCGAAUAAUAUCAAUGAUGAGGACGAUAAUACAGAUGUCACAGCGAAUCAUUAUUCUGGACGAGAUAUUGCUGAACGAAAGAGCAUCGGGCUUAAAUGCAAACGUGUUCUGGAUAUAGGCCGACUCAAAUAUCUUCAAAGUUUUGGUUUUGAUGCACAGUUGGUCUAUUAUGUUGACCCAGAAACUAGUUUAGAGAAUUGUGCAUUGAUUGCCACACCUAAAGAUAGAGCUUGA